AUUGCCGAUGGCCAAAGAGAACUUAUUGAGUCCUACAGUGUAAAAAAGAGACACUUCAUUGGAAAUACCAGCAUGGACGCCUGCCUGUCUUUCAUUAUGGCUAACCAUGGAAGAGUAAAACCCAAUGAUGUUGUAUAUGAUCCAUUUGUUGGAACAGGUGGCCUUCUCAUCUCCUCAGCACACUUUGGAGCAUACGUGUGUGGCACUGAUAUAGAUUACAACACAAUCCAUGGAUUAGGCAAGGCAAGCAGAAAGAACCAGAAAUGGAGAGGGCCAGAUGAAAAUAUCAGAGCGAAUCUCCGACAGUAUGGUUUAGAGAAAUACUACCUCGAUGCGCUAGUUUCUGAUUCCUCAAGACCAAUAUGGCGAAAAGGGAUGCUCUUUGAUGCAAUCAUUACAGAUCCACCGUACGGUAUCAGAGAAGCUACUCGCAGAACGGGUUCACAAAAGGAAACAGUUAAGUCAGCUGAAAGAAGCACAGAAAAUCACAUCUUCGUUUCAUCCAGUUAUCAUCUAAGUGACAUCUUUUUUGACCUCCUGAAGUUUGCGGCAGAAUAUCUGGUGAUGGGAGGAAGAUUAGUGUACUGGCUGCCGAUAUACAGGCCUGAAUAUACAGAAGAGAUCAUUCCCCGCCACCCGUGCCUGAGACUGAUUAGCAACUGUGAGCAGAUGCUUUCCAGCCACACAUCAAGGCGCCUGAUAACCAUGGAAAAGGUGAAAGAAUUCAAGGAUCAAGAUCAGCAUUCUUACUUGUUGGAUGGUCAAUACAUGCCAUACAGGGGACACAAUUCGUUCCGUGAGAAGUAUUUCAGUGGUGUGACAAAGAGGAUUGCCAAGGAAGAAAAAGACAAUCGGAAGUAAAAUAUAAUAUAAACAGAUUAAAAAAUGAGGAAAGAAUGAAGAUCGUGUUUCCUUGUAAGGACAUCUGGCUAUGAACAUUCACUUGGAUGCUUCAGAAAAAUAAAUACUGCUUUUAAUUUUAAAACAAGAAGAAACCCACAACACAGGUUGAGAGUUCUUUUUAAUUAGCUUUGUUUAUAGCUGGUUUUAUUGUACAAGUUUUUUGAGUCUUAUUUAAUUUAUAUUUGUACUUUCAAGUACUAAUGAUGAUUGACUAAAACCAUUAUUAUUGUUCUUUCACCGUUAACGUUCACAAAAAAAGUAAUAGUAUUAUUUGGCUUCUUAAACUGUGAACAUCUGGCUGGUUUAGAAACACGUGGGGGUGAUCAAGGAUUGCGUAUUAAGAAGAUCAUUCUCAUUUGUUUUGUUUUUUUGUAAAUGGCAUACAAUAAACCGGAGAAGAUUGUUGUGA